AAGUGAAAAGCGAAAAUGCUUAUAGAUCUGAGUUGGUCACUUGUCCUAAGUGCUAUUAUAGGAACAUAUUUGAAUGAGAGCACGAUCUGUAUAUUUUGGAAUGAUAAAUUCGAGUUCCAACUGCUUCAUAAUGCGGAGUAUAUAAGCUAUGUGGGAAUAAAUAUUGAUAGCUUAAAUAAGAAAAGAGGUCGAUAUAUUGUUGAUACGGGAUUGAAGAAAAAAGAGCUUGAAAACAAACAUUUGUCUCUGGACGACCUUGUGAACAAAAUUAUUAUAUCUAUUGAAGUCACACACUGCGAGCUAACGAAUUGCAGGAGUCCCGUAAGCACUUCUUUGAAGACCAACCAAAUAUUCUAUUUGUUGUAAGAGAUCAUCGUUCCGCCAUAAGUUUUGAUAUAAAAACUAACAAAUAUGUCGGACCCAAGGCAGAAAAACCUUCUCAGAUGAUACUGCUCGACAGAUAUUUUGCUACGGAAAAGCGAUUUCAACUCGGAAAAUCGUUGUUUGCGGACAAACUUAAAAACUUGCAGGGUCGAGAAGUCAUCAUAGCUGGGUUCGAUUAUCCACCUUAUUCAGUGAUAAAACAUACAACCCGAAGAGAG